AUGAGUCAUGACUAUCUCAGCAUACAGAAACAUGAACAAAAAUUUGAACAGAUAGCAAAUGCACCAGUACGGUUCCUUUCAUUCAUAGAGAAAAAUCGUCUUCCACUGAUAAGGGACACGCUUUAUCUUACACAGCAUUGUUGGCCUUCUCUGAAUGAGAAAAUAAAAAUGAAAGACUUGAUAAAAUUACUGAGUGAAUUACAGAUUACAGACACAGACAAAAGACAAGUUAAAACUGUAAGCUUGUUGAAAAUGAUUUCAACACUUGUGUUGCACAAAUCUGUAACCGUAAAAGGCAUCAAUCGUGUAAAUCACAUUUCCUUUGUGACAUCAGAUAGGGUCUGGGUCAGUGAAGACAACGAUCUCAUCUUGGUAAACACAGAAGGUGACACUCUACAUCAUCUGACUGAUGUAAAUUGUAAAUGGGGAGGACACACAGUGAACAGUUCAUGUGAGCUUCUUUAUAUAGAGAAGGAUGGUAACGUUAAAAAAUUAUCGAAUGAUAACAAAAGAAUAUCUACCCUGAUUAAAAGGAGAACAAUGUGGAGACCAUCCUGCAUAUACUCUUCUCCUAUAAAUGGAGAUCUGCUGAUAGCGUCAAUGUAUAUUGAUGGGCCACCUGGAUGGGGUACCUGGAAAGCCAAGGUUGAAAAGUAUCACCAGUCAGGGAAAUACAAAAAGACAAUAAUGCACAUCAGAAAAGGUCAGAAGUUACUGGAUCAGCCCAUGUACAUUACAGAGAACCACAAUGGGGAUAUAAUAAUGUCUGACUGGAUUCAAGGUGUUGUGGUAACAGAGCAAAGUGGAAGACAUCGAUUCUCAUACAAAGGGCAUCCACCAGGACCACUGUUAAAGCCAUGUGGAGUAUGUUCAGACGCAUUAUUAAACAUCCUGGUGUGUGAUGAUAUUUCUCAAACAGUACAUAUGAUUGACAACAAUGGUAGCUUUCUGUCAUUUCUAUUUACAGAACAACUAGGGAUAGUGAUCCCGAUGAGCCUGUGUUAUGAUGACAAAACUCACCUCCUCUGGGUUGGUUGUCAAAACAAUGACAGAGUUUUGGUGUAUCGAUAUAUCGUUAGGCAAUACAGUUUGACAAGUCCUUGGAAUUAUAUGUCUUCAACAAUACAAUAA